GGUUAAUCGAAAUAAAAACACGAGAAAAUUUUUCAAUUUAAAGAUUCUUUAAUUAAGUGAUUUCCUGUGCAAUUCACUAUUUAUUUUAAAUUAAAAUACUAUUAACAAGAUGUCUGAAGUUGUUUUAUCACAAAAGGCUUAUAUCAAGAUGGUUUUUCAUGCCGCCAAAUAUCCUCAUUCCGCUGUCAAUGGCUUACUAUUGGGAUCAAAGUCAAAUAAAACAGAAGUAGUUGAUGCCGUGCCUUUAUUUCAUCAAUGUCUUUAUGUUACACCGAUGAAUGAAAUUGCUCUAAUUCAAGUAGAAUCAAAAGCUGCUAAUGAUGGAUUACAAAUCAUUGGAUAUUAUGCUGCGUCUGAGAACUUUUAUGACAAUACAAUUGAUAAAGUUCCGGCUAUUAAAAUAGCUGACAAAAUUGUUGAAAAUAAUGGAUCAGCUUUUGUCGUUGUUAUUGAUAAUAAGUCAUUGUGCAUGGAUAUGAAACAUUCCGGAUUAAAAGCGUGGCACUCAAACGAUGGAAAAUGGGCAAAAGCAAAACAUAGCUUGAGUGACUCGAAAAAUACUAUUGAUGCUGUGUCACUUCUUUUACAGCGAGGAGCCAUGAAGGAAUUAAAUGAUUUUGACAACUUUCUUGAUAAUACCGACAAUGACUGGACUAAUCAGAAUCUUAAUUUUGAUCUCAAAAAAAUACUUGCUAUGCAUUAAAGUCAUUUAUGUCCAAUGUAUUUUAUAAAAUAAUAAUCAUAAUAUAAAUGGUUUGGUAAAUAUUAUUGAAUUUUUAAUCAUUU